ACGACGCCGCACACGCAGUCCCGCCCCUGCAGAGAUCGGCGCUGGGACGGAACCUGGGUUUCUCUCAAACCCGGAGUGGGAGGCCGCGGCUGGGUUCCCUUUGCUCCCCGCGCGUGUGCUUACCCGGGCCUGCGUCCGCCGCCGCUGCCCACAGCUCGCCGGUGAGGAGGCAGGGCGGCCGCGCCUUUCUUCCGCGGGCCCGCGUGGCUGCUGCCGCCCCUCCGAAUCCUCCGGGGCCGCAGAGGAGUUCGCUACGGAGGGAGGCGGGGGCCUUCGGGAGGAGGAGGCGGAGGAGGCGGAGGAGGAGGGAAGGAAGAUGGCGGCGGUGGAACUAGAGUGGAUCCCAGAGACUCUCUAUAACACCGCCAUCUCCGCUGUCGUGGACAACUACAUCCGUUCCCGGCGAGACAUCCGCUCCUUGCCCGAGAACAUCCAGUUCGACGUUUACUACAAGCUUUACCAACAGGGACGCUUAUGUCAGCUGGGCAGUGAAUUUUGUGAAUUGGAAGUUUUUGCAAAAGUAUUGAGAGCUUUGGAUAAAAGACAUUUGCUUCAUCAUUGUUUCCAGGCUUUGAUGGAUCAUGGUGUGAAAGUUGCUUCAGUCUUAGCCUACUCAUUCAGUAGACGGUGCUCUUAUAUAGCAGAGUCAGAUGCUGCAGUAAAGGAAAAAGCUAUUCAGGUUGGCUUUGUUUUAGGUGGCUUUCUUUCAGAUGCAGGCUGGUACAGUGAUGCUGAGAAAGUUUUCCUGUCCUGCCUUCAGUUAUGUACUCUACAUGAUGAGAUGCUUCAUUGGUUUCGUGCUGUAGAAUGUUGUGUGAGGUUGCUUCAUGUGCGAAAUGGAAACUGCAAAUAUCAUUUGGGUGAAGAAACAUUUAAAUUAGCUCAGACGUAUAUGGAUAAACUCUCAAAACAUGGCCAGCAAGCAAACAAAGCUGCACUCUAUGGGGAAUUGUGUGCACUCCUAUUUGCAAAAAGUCACUAUGAUGAGGCAUACAAAUGGUGCAUUGAGGCAAUGAAAGAAAUCACAGUGGGCUUACCAGUCAAAGUCGUGGUGGAUGUUUUAAGACAAGCUUCUAAGGCUUGUGUUGUAAAACGUGAAUUUAAGAAGGCAGAACAGUUAAUUAAACAUGCAGUGUAUUUGGCACGGGAUCAUUUUGGGUCCAAACACCCAAAAUAUUCUGAUACUCUGCUAGAUUAUGGGUUCUACCUACUCAAUGUAGAUAAUAUCUGUCAGUCGGUUGCAAUUUAUCAGGCAGCCCUUGACAUUCGGCAGUCAGUGUUCGGUGGCAAAAAUAUCCAUGUGGCAACAGCCCAUGAAGACUUGGCUUAUUCUUCUUACGUUCACCAGUAUAGCUCUGGGAAGUUUGACAAUGCAUUAUUUCAUGCAGAAAGAGCUAUUGGUAUCAUUACCCACAUCCUCCCUGAAGAUCAUCUUCUUUUGGCUUCUUCAAAGAGGGUGAAAGCACUUAUUUUAGAGGAGAUUGCAAUUGACUGUCAUAAUAAAGAAACUGAACAGAGGCUGCUUCAAGAAGCUCAUGAUUUGCACCUGUCUUCACUUCAACUAGCUAAAAAAGCUUUUGGGGAAUUUAAUGUACAGACUGCAAAACACUAUGGAAACCUUGGAAGACUUUAUCAGUCAAUGAGAAAGUUUAAGGAAGCUGAAGAAAUGCACAUCAAAGCAAUUCAGAUUAAAGAACAACUUCUUGGUCAAGAAGAUUAUGAAGUAGCCCUUUCAGUGGGACAUCUGGCUUCUUUAUAUAAUUAUGACAUGAAUCAGUUUGAAAAUGCCGAAAAACUUUAUUUGCGAUCUAUAGCAAUUGGGAAGAAACUUUUUGGUGAAGGCUAUAGUGGACUAGAAUAUGACUACCGAGGUCUCAUUAAACUUUACAACUCCAUUGGAAAUUACGAGAAAGUGUUUGAAUAUCACAAUGUUCUGUCUAACUGGAACCGGUUGCGAGAUCGGCAGUAUUCAGUGACCGAUGCUCUUGAAGAUGUCAGCACCAGCCCCCAGUCCACUGAAGAAGUGGUACAGUCCUUCCUGAUUUCUCAGAAUGUUGAAGGACCGAGCUACUGAGGGAGGACCUCAGUUAACUAAUUUACCUUUUCCCAGAUUCCAGGGAAUUCAUACUGUGAAAUCAAAACCAUGUUGUUUUUUGGGGCUGGAAUUUGCAUUGAAACACUGGUCCAGUCCAUUGACCCUAUUUGGGUGAUCCCUAUCUUGCAGAGUCUCUGUAGGAAUAAGCAUAUAUUCAGUUAUAUUUAGCAUGUACCGCAUGUAUAAGUAGUCUGGCCCAUACUUUCAACCUAGUAGAACAAUAAGAAAUGUUUUGUUUUUUCUUUUUAAAAAAUAACUAAUUUUGCAGAAAGUCUGAAAGGAAAAAAAACCCUAAAUAAAACUAUUUAAGAGUUUAAAAGAGUUGCAUUCUUAUUAUGUAAGGAUGAUUUUAACAACUUUUUAACAUAUAAUUCUUCCUUGUGGAGGUAUUCAAUACUGUACUGUAAAGAAAUUUUAAUGGGGAAAAUCUUUAUAUGCAGUAUAGAAAAGUUAACUCAAAUACCAAUAGAAGAGGGACAUUCUGGCUUAGGUUUGGCUGCCUUACCCAGAGAAGUGGAUAUAAGCCCCCCAGAGCGCUAUUACAAGGGAAGGACUGUCAGAUUCAUCUGAAUUGGACCAGUGUUGAUCUGUAAGUAGUAGAAAAGCUGAUAGACCAGCAGUUGCCAUUUUAACUCUUUGGCUAACUCUCUGGUUGUGUUUUGUUUUUGUUUUUGUUUUUUGUUUUUGGUACAACAGUGCAAGAUGCUCAGAUAGUGUUUGCUAGCAGGACCAGGAAGAUCUAAAAGGACCAGUCUAAUGUAGAAAGGGGUUGUUUGGACCAGAGGCUUUAGGUUAUUAUUUUAGCCCCUGCAUAUACUUUUAUCAGUAAAAUGAUUGCAUUUAGAUGUAUAAUGAAAAGUGGUAAUGCAAAAUUUAUAUUCAUUUAAUAGACACCAAACUAGAGAAAGUUUGCAAUUUUAGUGGCAUAGCUUUAGUAAAGGUACACAGAUGGCAGUGUCAUAAGCAAGUCUACAAAUACUGCCACAUCCAUCCCCCUCAUUUUAAAUAUUACCCUAGUAAUGCAAUUUGCAACUAUUUUGGUUAAGAGUCAUGAAAUAACUCACAUAUUGUUUGUGGGGAUUAAUGUAAAAAUGAAUGCCCAAAAUAAGCAAGUCUUCUUAGAAAUUCUUCAUUUUUAUGAUAAAAACUAGUACAGCUAGGUAAUGUUUAUUUGAAAUUCAAGAGUCAAAUGCAAAGAUCCCCUAAUGAUAUAUCUAUUUCAUAAAUCUCUUUAUUGGGUUUUGGUUUGUUUUUUUUUAAGCCAGUCAGUUUAUUUAAUGUUGAGGUAUUAAUUCAAAUUUGAGAAGUUGUGACAUGUAGCAGUCCAAGAAACAAAAAAGGUCUUUUGCUGUUACCUCAGUUCUUAUUAUAGUGGCCUAGUUGGUGCCUCUAUAGUUAAGAAUCAAGGUUUUCCCCCCUAUUUUCAGGGGUUCAUGACUCACCUGUUAGAGCUAUUGCUCCUGGCUAAUGCUUGGAGUAGUCUAUGGGUGUGAAUGGAUGUUUGUUGAAUUUUGGUUUUCUUUUAACAUGCAUGUUAGGGUCAGAGGGUGAAAAAGUCUAAACUGAACACCACAUUGAAUGCAGAAAAAGUAAUUGGAAAUUUCAGACAAACUUGAUUUUCAACACUUUUUUGAACUUCCCAAAUAUAACCUUGUCUAAAGCUUAUUUGCUGUCUUGUUAGUUGAGUCAGUAUUUUUAAGUCCCCAAUGUGGGAUUGACUGGGGUAUGUACCUAAAGAGAUGAAGCAAGCCCAAAGCCUAAGAUUAUAACCAUGCGAUUUCAAAACCUGAAUUUAUUCCUCAAACAGAAUUACUUUCUUUUUAAUUUAGCAGAAAAUACAUUGGCAUACAUGCACCUCUCCCUACCAGUUAACUGCAGUCUAAUGCCAAGGGGCACCUCUUUAUUAAAUUACCAAAUAGUCUGUGUGACCAAGGACUAAUAUUUUUUAAGUUACGCAGCUCUAUCCUUAUGGGUCUAUAUACUUAAUACCUCCAAAGAUGUUUUCAGGAUAGGCUUUUGUGUACUUUUGUUGGUCAUUUAGAGUCCUGUGGUAUGUUUGUGGAAUAGGAAUGUCAUGGUAAAUUGUUUUUCAAUAAAUAUUUUGAAACAUGUUUGUUUCCAUAUGAAGUUUUUUUUUAACCUAUAUUUUUUGGUUUUGUGCACAUAUAUAGCAUUUCUAGGAUAAAAAUCAAGCAAAUGACUUAAGGCCUAAUCCUCUCUAUUCAGUUUGAACUGAACAUAGCUCUUACUAAGUGAUAAAGUAACAUGGUAUUUAGAAGCCUAGGAUUACAGGGUGAUAAUGUUAAGUGGCAGCCAGUUUUUCUAAAAAAAAAAAUCACUAUUGAUAGUCUCCCCUUAUUGCUAUUGCUUUAAGGUAGUAUUCUGUAAAUCCAUAUACUUUAAUUUAAUGCAAAUGCUCUAGGUUGAGAAAAGAGAUUGCCAGUUUCUGUUAGUGAUGUAACUUAAUAUGCUAUUAUUUGUGGUUCUAAUGAAGAAUAAUACCUUAAUAAUUUUAAGUGUGGAAGAUUUGUCCUUUUCAUAGAGAUGUUUAAAAUACAUUAGAGAGGUGAAUGUCACCAUGAUUUAUGGUGUGUGUUUUUUUUUUAAUCUUGAAGAAUAAAAUUUACCUCACAACAAAUAACCAGUAGCUUGCACAAACUUUUCACAUGUGGUGGAGUUGUGUGUAGGAAGCCUAGACUAACUUAAAGAUUUUUCUCACAGUGCAGCAAAAUAGUGUUAAAUAAAGGGGCCUUUGGUCACACAUCCUUCCCUGACUUUGGUUUCUUCUCUUACCCAGUCUUUUUCCUAAAGUUUGGUGCUACUCAAGUUGGGUGCAGCAGGGAGCUCUGUGACACUCACGUGCCACACAGGUGGUCAGUCACUCCUGCAUUCAUUUUAAUAGAGCCAACUGGGUUUUUUAAACUAAUUUUUAUGGGUCCCCAAAUGACUUUGCCCAUGCAUUGUGACCCUUAUUAGCAUCAAAGGUUUUGUCUCUGCUUGGUAAAAAUUAACUCACUGUUGCUUUAUAGUAAUCCCUGUGCAAUUAUGCUUUCUUUCAUUUUUGAAAAUAAAAGAUUUGACAAAGACCUUCGUUCCUAGCCUGUUUUGAGAACAGUUCAUAAUAUUGUGAAAAGUAAGUACAGAGGUUGCAAUCUUAAAAAUAAUGAGAGUGCCACUUGACUGCUCUUUAUAGUGCAAACAAUGCUGAACAGUAAACACAUGCCUAAAAUGUGAUUUACUUAGUCCAUAUUUUACAAAUUGAAAGAGAUUUGCUAAGUAGCAGGUAUUGUUAACCACCACUCGGUUUCAUUUUUUCCCCAGAAUUUGUAACCUUGCUGCUUCCAACAUGUUUUUUUUCUGGGUGGCAAAGUUACUACUGGUAAAAUGAAUAUUUAUAAGUACAGACAUUUUUAAGAGUUUUAUUCUUGCUUUAAAAUAUAUAUAUAUAUUUCACCUCUUGGCUUUUUGGAGGACUUCUGUUCUUGCUAGGAUAUUCUUUCUUUUUCUUUUCCUUAAAUCUGACAUUUGGAUUAACCUCCAGCUUGUACACUAAUAGUUGUAUUGUCCAUAAAUCUCAGGAAUGUUUUAGGCAUAAAACUGGUUUUACCCUGUUGGUGAUCUGAAGGAGUGUGCUUUAGGAUUUAUGAAAUAAUACUAUUCUUUCAUCGCAAUUCUAGGUAUCUAUAGCAUGAGUGGCCUUAGUGAGUUUGUUGAAGUGCACAUUUUUUUCAAAAGUAAAAUUUAAGAUUAAAAAUAUACGCUAUAUAUAGAUAUCUAGAAAACUCAGUUUGUGGUACACAAGUGUUGGAUCACUAAAUAACUGUUGCAGGUACCAUGUGUGUAACAUUACUCAUUUAUGGAAAGAUAUGUUGUCAUGGUAACUAAAACUUUUCAGUUUAAUUUUACUUUUAUGAUGUGAACGAAUGCUACAUUUUAUUAAAUAUUACCAGGUCAGUACUAUUUUUGUACUUUAUUAAGCAACAGGGGAUUUUAGUUUAAUAGACUCAAAAUAAAAAGCUCUUAAUAAAACAAAGCAAACAGUUCUUUACAUGAAAAUCCCCACUAAUAGUGCCACAGUAAUUUAUAUAGCUAUAAUCUAAGGUCACUGAUAGAUUUUUUUAAGACAGUUCUUGAUUGUGUCAGAAUGACCUUUCGUAUCAUUCAUAUCACAAACUUGUAGUGCCCACCAUUAUUUGUAACCAUUAAAUCAUACUAAGUAUGUUUGUAACCAGCAUUGUGAUAUAUUCUGUACUUGUAUUGCUAAAAAUGAGUCAUUGACCUAAUAAAUACAGUGUUCCUGCA